GCCACCAUGGACUGUAACCUGGGGACUGUUACUAACACUUAUGCUCACUGGUAUAAACAGAUUCCUGGAGGAGUUCCUCACUGGACAGUAACGUUUACACCAAACACUGACAACAUGCUGGGGACCCUCUGCACUCUCAUCACUGCUCUAACAUGUGUGAGUGGUGUGACGGUGGUGACACAGAAGCCUCCAGUUGUGACGGUGAGGAAAGGAGAGACAGCCACCAUGGACUGUGAGGUUUUCACAGAUGAUGGGUCUCGCUGGUAUAAACAGAGUCCUGGAGAAAAUAUUCGGUUUGUUCUGAGGAACCAUUACAGCUACUCCUCUCCAACCUACGGCUCUGGUUUCUCCGCUCCCAAAUUCACUUCUAGUCAUCUGUCAGGGACAAAGUAUCGUUUGACUAUCAGCAGUGUGGAGGAGGGAGACUCAGCAGUCUAUCACUGUGAAACAUGGGACGACUCUGCAAAGGAGCUGGUAUUCGGACAAGGAACCAAGCUGAUUGUGACAAGCUCCAGCCUCCCUCCUCCCGUCCUGACUGUCUUCCCUCCGUCCAGUGCUGAGCUCCAGUCCAACAAAGCCUCUCUGGUCUGUCUGUCCAGUCAGUCUGUGCCUUUUGCAGAUGUGACCUGGUUUUCUGGAGGGAGUCCAGUGAGCAGUGGGAUCUCCACCAGCACCGCUGUUAAACAACCAGACCAGACUUUCCACAUCAGCAGCUAUCUGGACGUCCAGACGUCAGACUGGAACAUGGAUAAGGUUUACAAAUGUAAAGUGUCUUUGGGCUCCCAGACUUCAGAGAAAAACAUCAAGAAGUCCGACUGUCCCGCUGAACAACAGUAGAGGAGCAGAACGAUUAUUAAACAUCUGCUUCUUUACUCUUUGUGCUGUUUGUUCAUCAAAAGCUUCACAUGUUAGAAAGUGUGUCUGCAUGCUUGUAGUAAAUGUUGUGACCGUUAGGUGGAGGUGUUGUAUCAGCUUUGCAAUGCUGCAAAUAUCAAUAAUCAUUCAAUAAAAAAAUAAAGAAAGCUCUGAGAACAGAAAA